AUGAUCUUCACAAACACCAUCUCCCUUGUCCUGGCCCUUGCGCCCGCGACCUUGUUCGCCGCUCCUACCCAGCCUGCCGACUCAAUAGCCAACCUGAUUGCGAGGCAAGACCUGCCCAAGCCGGUGAUGGAUAUGUUGGUCAAGACGAACGGGCUGUGCGAUUUGUCCAACGUAGCUCUCCCAGUUGCGCCUACACCUCUCCCUCCCAUCAGCGCCGGAGCAACACUCAAGCACAUUGCCAUUGGCCGCGGCACACAAAACUACACUUGCGCAUCCGACUCCGCAGACGUCGUGCCCAUAGCAAACGGCGCGGUAGCCACUCUCUUCAACGCAACGUGCGAUGCCACACGCCUCAACGACAACGUCCUCGCGCAGGUCACAACCCUCUCGCUGAACUACGCCGUCCCCAAGGGCAAGGCAGCCGAGCAGCGCACCUCGGGCCACCACUACUUCACGGACAAGAAGGUGCCCAUGUUCGACCUGCGAACGCCCGAGACCAACUUCGGCUGGGUGCAAGCCACACCCGACGCCGUCAAGAGCGCCGCGCCCAAGGACUCUUCCCUCGGUCCCAACCAGAUGGGCAGCGUCGCAUGGCUGAAGCUCAACGCCGUCGAGGGCGACUACAAGGACGUCUACCGCGUACACACUGCCGGCGGCAUGGCGCCCAAGAACUGUGCUGGCCAGAAGAGCAGCUUUGAAGUGCAGUACAGUGCACAGUACUGGUUCUACGGAUAGUUGUGUCCGGUUGUGUGUCGUUGCAUUCUUGUACAGAGCAUUGGUCGGCGUUUUUUUUUUGGGGGGGUCGGGGGCUGGCGUCCUUCGACUAAUCGGCCUGGUGGCUGAGUAGAUAGUUCAUCUUCGUGACGAAGGCUGUGAUACCUUUAUGUGGGCAGCAGUACUCGUAAUAUUAUACCAAUUCAAAAGCUUUUUCUGCA